AUCAUGUCAUCUGUUGAUACAUAUAAACACUUAGAUUAGUAGUAAUCAUGAUACAACAUACUGUAUAUAGUUAAUUUCUGAUUCACAUUAUCAUUUAAUUACAAUUACUUCAUAAUUUGUUCAGUGAGUCAGAUGUCAUGGAUCUGUCCAAAUUAACUCCUGCUAGUGUUAUGGGGAAUAAGAAAGAUGAAUUUCAUGGAAAUAACAACAAUAGAAAAUUAUAUUCUUCACCUAAAAUAAAGAAUCAGCAUUAUUAUAACCAAAUUAUUGAGGCUAUCCCUGAUAGUAAUUACACAGCUACUCCUAAUAAUAAUAAUUGUUAUGUCAAUGAAUUAAAUCAAAAGGUUACAAGAUUUAAGGGACAUUUUGUUUUAAACAGAAAAAUAAGUGAACAAACAAAUGCAGGCAAACUAUCUCGCCGACAAGGAAAUCCUCUGUGCCACUCAAAUAUAAGGAAUUUACAUCAGAAGUAUAAAACUGAUCAGAAAAAUCCUUCUCAUCGCUAUCGUAUUCGUCUGGAGUAUGAUUACGAUCCUAAUUUAGAUGUUAUUUCUUCUAAAGAACAAAAUGUAACUAUGGUAAAUAAAAAUGGUAUGACAUAUUCAAGUUGUACCGAAGGGAUACUAAAUGAAUUACAGCCAGUAUUAAAGAGCUUAGUGAAGAAUUUAGUUAGAAAACAUGAAGUUAAAUCCAAUUUUAAAAAUGUUGAACCAAUACUACCUAUAUAUUCUUUCAAUUGUCAGAAUGAUGAAAAAGCCAUAAAAAGCAUUGAUAAUCGCAUACAAAAGACAGAAUACGGUUGCCCAGCUUUCAGUUGUUUAUCAAAAUGUAGGUCACAUGCAACAAAUGCCAUACUUUCAGGUGAUGAAAAUAAAUUAGGCCAAGAUAUAUCAUGUGUACAAUAUCCAAAACAUUUCGAAGAUAUAAUAAGUCGCACAUUAAUAAAUUCAUAUUCAAAUUUCAAUAUGGGAAAUUCGAAUGUCCAUUUUAAAAGUAACCAUUUAAAUACAACAAGUGGAUUGCUGUAUUAUGAUUGUAAUGAUGAGGAUUAUUGUAAUAUUAACUGUUAUCAAAAUGACUUCCGUUAUAAUAUGUUUUAUUCAAACAAUACAAAAAUGAUAAGAGAAUGUGCCAUAGUUACACUAGGGCAUUACGAUCAUAAUAUGUACAUUAAUUACAAAAGCCAGAGUUACAUAUUUAUAUGCUGUGUAGUGUACCAUCAACCUAGUGAAAAUAUCUACAAUAAUGAAAAUACAUACAAACAUAUUAACUAUUCAUUCUUACAUUUAUAUGAAAGCAUUAAUAUUCGACAAAAUUCAUUAGAAUACGUAGUAAUCGAUAAACUUUCUGACUUUAGUUGUCAAAUAUCAGAAAGUGAACUAAGUAAUCCUAACGAUAAUGAUAUUGCUGACGAAGCUUGUUGCAGUUAUGCAUUUACUCCAAGUAAUCAUAUUUACAUUGGCGGGGAUUCACUGAAUAUUCGUGGUGAAUGUAAAAUACAUCCAUUUGGUAUUUGUUGUUCAGCUUGUAAGGAUUGUUUAAAUGAAAAUGUUAGUAAGAUAUUAAGUGAUAAAGAAAGCAAAAAAUUAUCUCUACCGUUAUUUAUUAUAGAGUCAAUGAACUGUGCAAGACACGAGAAGAUAGAUGAACCUUAUUUUAUAAUACAACCAAUGAAAAAUGAUGAUGUGAACAACUUUCCUUCUAACAAACAACACUAUAAUAAAUACAGUCUCUUACAUUCAGACAACAUUUCAUCACAGUUCACUUCUUUCCCAAAAAAGGAUGGGGAUGUUUACGCAGCUAAUCACAUGAGAAUACAAUCAGUAUUAAAUUCAUCAGUAUGUCAAUGCCAAAAAUCAUUAAAAUUGACUCGUCAUUGUGGAAAUGAAAAAAAGUUUUGUAGUGAUUAUUCGGUACCUACAGAAACCACUGGAAAAUCAUUACUGUGUUGCCCAAUUGGGAAUUACUCAUCUUUAUCUAAACAUAUGGCAUUAAUUAUUCAUCUUGAUUCGAGGCAUGGCAAAUUUAAAUCACGUAGGUUUUCUUCUAUAGAGAAUGCGGUUAACCUUUACACGAAUUGUUUACGUUCGCACUCCCUUUCUCGUAAGAAAUACGUGAUUAAGUCUCGAACUAGCAAAAUUCAGCGGAAUUUAGUAUUAAAUACUUUAGGACGACUAAACCAACAAAGGAAGUCGAAUUUUUGGUGUUUUUAUCCAAAAUUUCGACUUGAUAAAUCAUUUUCUUCAAACUUCGGAAAUUCUAGAACUGUGGAAAAUUUUUUAAAGUUAAAUAGUAAGUCCAGUGUAAGUUCACAAUGUACUAGAUGUAAAACCUGUAACUGGCAUCGCAGAAAUAAUGCCGCCAGUAUGACCAGUUGUAAACUAUUCAAAUCAUCGACUAGAGGAACACUAUUAGAUUUAGACAAGCAAAUAUCAGUCAGUAGAACAAUAGAGAAUCCCUUACUUUAUCACUACGACAUGACUAGCAAAGCCGCAGUGAAUAUCGAAACUGAUUGUAAUACAUACCUUUCAAGAAAUUUAAGAGAGAUAAAAUGCUAUGGAAUCUAUUUGCUUGAAGAAAAGAUUUGUUAUGAACAGUAUGAGAAUUUUGUUAAUGAAUAUCAAUAUGUUGAAAGUUAUCCAAUUACUUGGAUUUUUCACUCGGUUGACUUCAGUCCAUUGUGUCCAGAACAACUUUCUUAUUCAUCACCUAUAAACAUUAGUUGUUCACAAACACAAAUUAAUAAAAGUAGUCGAAAUGAUGCGAAUCGAACUUCUAAUAGUCAUCCUGUGUAUAGAGUUUUACGAUUAGAAAAUAAGAAUUUAGACGAUACACUACAGAAACUUAGAUCAAGUGUGCAAAAUUCUGCAUCCACAAAGUAUUUACUCAUAUCAAUUAUGCCAGAGUAUGUUACUACAAGAAAUUCAUCAACUUCGCCUACUUCAACCUUAAUAUCAUCACCAACAACAGUAAAUGAUGAUGACGAUAACGAUGAGACUGACUGUAAUUCACAUUGUGAUAAUUUAUCUAAUGAUUGUAAUUCACCGAACAUAAGGAGUAUGCAGAGGAGUAAUUCAAACACUGCUGUGGUUACCUGGAGUGAAAAUGAAUACGUUAAUAAUAAGAAUCCUUAUGAAAACUUUGGCACAGACGACCUAUUACCAACUGCAAAUUGGACAUCGUAUACAUCGAUAUGGAAUAGUACAACAAGUAGUGUAUCUGAAACUGAAAUAAUAAAUAAUAAUCCUAUUUACAGUUUUUCAAAUAUAACUACUAAUAAUACUAAAAUUACUACAUCAAAUAUUUUUAAAAAGGAUAAUGAUGGAGAACGCGAACUCAAUUUUAUCGCAGUCAAUCCAAGCACUUGUACAGAUAUUUUUAUUAUCUCCAAAUCACCCACUAUAAUUAAUGAGUCUUCAUCAGUUGAUUUAGAAGAAUUUUUAAAUCUUAGUUGUAAUAUGUCUAGUACUGCCGAUACCAAUUAUACUACUGAAAGCGCACAUUCCGAUGAUUCUGAUGGUCCUCAGUUGAAUACAAUCAAGGAAGCAGUAACAAAAUGGGAUGUGGACAAGAAAAAACUACAGUAUAAGUCAGUCAACAAUCAACUGUACAUUAAUAAUGAUUAUACUGGUCGUGAAAGUAGUGGGGGUAAGACAUAUGACAAGGAACACGACGUUGGUAAUGUUGACGUCCGCAUUACACCUUCACAAAUAUAUGAAAAACUGAUGAUACAUCCAACAGACUGUUAUACUAAUCAAACUGAUUUUACACAAAGUAACCAGUCAGCUUCAGUGACGCCAACAAUUCGUACAUUUAAAAAAAAUUAUUCAUCUCAGCCAUCGGUCACACCGGACAACAUUUUGCAUCGUCUAAGUCAUAUGAAUACAAAUAAUUCAAAUGUUUAUGAUAACUCUGCGAAAAGCAGAGAAGAAUUAUUUAUUGUUAAGCCAGUAAAUCACUUAACACUUCACAGUAAUCCGAGAGAGAAAUUGCAAUUUAAAAUUAAUUAUAAAAAACAUUCUGAAAUGAGUGACAGAAUACAGUCAUUUAAUUCUGAAUAUUCGAAAUCGUAUUACUACUAUGGGAAUGCGACAAACAGUACUGAUUCAUUUGAAAAUUUAACUGAAAUGAAUAAGAAUUCACUGUUUAAUUUAGAAGAGGUCAGUGAUUUAAUUACAUUGAAUUCCGAACUAGAGGAGAAUGACGAUGAAGCAGUAGAUGAUAAAGUAGAAUCCUCUGUGGUCACAAUGAAUAACAAUAUAGUGGAAUGCACAGACGAACUGUUAAAUGAUAUCUUACUAAAGAGGUAAGAGAACAGAAUUCAAGUUAUCCUGAGUGGAGAUACAGAACAAAAUCAGGCAGAAAGUUUCGAAAAUGCCUCCUCAUUUGGUUCAAAAUCUGAGGAUUAUUUUGCUGUUAAGAAAGACACUUUCACUAAUACUGAAUCUGGUACUUGUUCCAGCUUAAAUUUAACCUUAUCUAAUAGGCAAAAUGACGAUACCAAUGAAAAAAAUGAACGUAUAUGUACUUUUCACUACAUAAUCAUAAGUCUAAAUUACUUUCCUAUCUAUAUGAUCGUACAUUUAAUUAAGGAUAAAACCAACAUAAGUUGUAAAAAGUUUAUCCCAGUUGUCGACGGUACAAAAAAAUGGUUGCUUCAAAUCAUUCAUCCUUCGCUUACCUAUCUUAAUGAAACUAUUCAUCAGCCAACAUCAGUCAAUUCUGUUUUAACAUUAUGCCGAAAUAUAUGUCAUUAUCAUAAUUUGCAUCAAAUUCAGUGUGCAUUAGAAAGAAAAAUCCUAAAUGACCUAAGAGUGACAUAAUGUCAAGAAGUAGUAACCUAUCAAAGUUAUAAAUAUAGUGAAACUUCAAGUGAGAGCUUACAGAUUCACCUAAAAUAUUAUCCACACAUCCUGAGUGCAUUAUGUAAUAAUUCAAUGAAUCUUACCGAAGAGUAUACAAGAUUUAAAUAUUCAAAUAAAAUGAAUAAGUUUUAUAAUUCCUCACAGAUCCUUGUUAAAUCGAACAAUCAAUCACUGGUUUGUAUAAACAUUCAUUCAAUGAUUGAAAAUAAAGUUUAUUGUCACUGUUUAAAAUUGGUCAACCAAUCCAUGGAACAGUUAAAUUUCGUCAACUUUUCUUUGGAAACAGAAAUAUUAGUCAGUUUAAACAAACAGAUAACAGGUUUUUCCAAUAUACAUAGAGUUGUCCCACCAAUUAUUCAUCGGUCAGCUGUUAGAGUUUUCAAAAAUAAUUUCACUUCAGUAUUCAAUGGGUUAUUUGGGAGAUUUGAAGCUAGUGUAUUAUGGAAUUCUUAUUCUUAUAAACCAGUUAUAUCAUACCAGUCUAAUCAUACCAGUUGCCUGUUUAACAAACAGUACAACUUUUUUCGAACCUUGUUGAUUUUUUACUGAUAUAACACGAAGAGUAGAUUCUACUAGUAAGUCUACACAACUCAAGCACAAUUUUCUUAAAGAAUCAACUAAGCCUCGCGGUACUACUUUCACUUCAAAGAUAUCAGCAAAAGGUGUCAUUU